AUGAUCUCUACAUCUACUGCUACUAAUAAUAACAAUAAAUUAUUAUUAUCCGAAUAUACGAAAGCGAAUGAAUUAAUUAUAAAUAAUGAUUAUUCAAAAGCAAGUUCAGAUAAAAAAAAAUUUAUACGAAAAACAUCAAUACAACCUUUAAAACGGCUCAAAAUAUCACAAACAGAUUCAAUUAAUAAAAUGAUAACUACAACUAGUAAUAUGGAUAUGGAUAUUCAAAUUACACAACAAAAUCAUAAUAGACAUUUAGCAGAAGAAUUUUUCUAUCAAUUACAUCCUUUCAGUGAUUUAAUACUUAUUGUUGAAGGAAAAGAAUUUUAUGUUGAUAAAAGUGUCUUAUCAUCUGUAUCAAAAGUAUUUCAAUUAUAUUUUCAAGAUGAAAAUAUUAAUUCAAUUGAAAUUGUUGAUGUAUUAUCAAAUGAUAUGAUUGAAUUACUUCAAUUUUUAUAUCCACAAUUUCAAUGUACAAUUACUUAUCAAAAUGUAACUGGAUUACUUAUCCUUGCUCGUCGUUUUGAAAUAAAUUUUAUUUUAACAGCAUGUCGUACAUUUAUUUUACUUUAUAUAUCGAAAUUUAAUUGUAUUCAUACCUAUUCGAAUGGUAUAAAUUUAAUUGAACAAGAAAAUGGUUUACGUUUAACUAUUUCAUCUAUUCUUGAUAUUUUAUGUAUAUGGUAUCGUGAAUUUUUUUAUAUGAACGAUCAAUUAGUAUGUGAAAAUCUUCUUAAUAAAUUAUCUCAAUGUAAUAUUAUAAAUUUUAAUGCAUCGAAAAUUUUUAAUGAUUUAGAAGAAAAACUUAAAUGUAAAAUUUUUCAAAUACGAGCAAAAUAUUUAGAAAUCUCACGUACAUCUAUUAUUUCCGAUGUUAACUAA